AUGAUGUGGCUGUUUUUAACAACAACCUAUUUGAUUUGUGGAACUUUAAAUGCUGGCAGAUUCUUUAAUUUGGAGAAAGAAGCAAAUCCUGAAGUGUGGAUGAAUAUUAGUGAAAUCAUCACCUACAAUGGCUACCCCAGUGAGGAGUACGAAGUCACCACUCAAGAUGGGUACAUACUUAGUGUCAACAGAAUUCCCCAUGGACGAAGAGACACUAGGAGCACAGGUGCCCAGCCAGUUGUAUACUUGCAGCAUGCGCUGUUUGCAGACAGUGCCUCCUGGCUUGAGAAUUACGCCAAUGGCAGCCUUGGAUUCCUUCUAGCAGAUGCAGGUUACGAUGUAUGGAUGGGAAACAGUCGGGGCAACACUUGGUCAAGGAGACACAAAACACUCUCAGUGAAUGAAGAGGAAUUCUGGGCCUUUAGCUUUGAUGAAAUGGCCAAAUAUGAUCUCCCAGGAAUAAUAGACUUCAUUGUAAACAAAACUGGUCAAGAGAAGUUGUAUUUCAUUGGACAUUCACUUGGUACUACAAUAGGGUUUGCAGCCUUUGCCACCAUGCCUGAACUGGCACAAAGAAUCAAAAUGAAUUUUGCCUUGGGUCCUGUGGUCUCAUUCAAAUACCCCACGGGCAUUUUUACCAGUUUUUUCCUACUUCCAAGUUCCUCAGUCAAGAGGAUUUUUGGUACCAAAGGUUUCUUUCUAGAAGAUAAAAUAGGGAAGUCACCUUCUACCAAAAUCUGCAACAAUAAAAUAUUACGGGUGAUGUGUAUUGAAUUUAUGUCUUUAUGGGCCGGAUUCAACAUGAAAAAUGUGAACAUGAGCCGAAUGGAUGUAUAUAUGUCCCAUGCUCCCACUGGAUCGUCAAUACAGAACAUUCUGCAUAUAAAACAGCUUUACCGAUCUGAUGAAUUCAGAGCUUAUGACUGGGGAAGUGAAGCUGAGAACAUGCAUCAUUACAAUCAGAGUCAUCCCCCACUAUAUGACCUGACUGCCAUGAAAGUGCCUACUGCUAUUUGGGCUGGUGGAAGUGAUGUCCUUGUAACACCCCAGGAUGUAACCAGGAUACUCCCCCAAAUCAAGAGUCUCCAUUACUUCAACCUAUUGCCAGAUUGGAACCACUUUGAUUUCAUCUGGGGCCUCGAUGCUGCUCAACGGGUAUACAGCAAAAUCAUAGAUUUGAUGAAGUCAUUUCCCUGA